AUGCAAAAAUACCCUGAUCGCUCCAAGAAGAAAGAAUCUUCAAGUGAGUAUAACCCAGAAAUCGCUCACUACAAGAGCAAGAUGAAGCAAUAUAAAAGUGAAAAUUCUGACUUGAGAGAACAGUUACAGUCCUUAACUACCCAAUAUGUCAAGCUUGGCAAGGAUAAAGACAGGUAUAAGCAAAAGCUUGUUGAUGUCAAACAAGACAUUGCUCGGUUCGAUGAGAUAAUCGAGCAAAAGAGUACUGAAAAAGCAGCUGUGGUUAAGAAGGAAUUAAGGCAUGCUAAAAGAUCUAUUAAAAAGAAAGAUACAGAAAUACAUGAACUAGAGCAAGUAAAUAAACAAUUGAAGAAUCAACUUGAUGAACAAAAUCAAUAUGUAAUGGAAUUAGAGGCAAGAGUUGAAAAAUUGCUUAAACAACAAAAUGAUAGUGAUGACAAUGGCACAGAUCACCAAACUCCCAAUAAGAAUAACCUUCGAGAAGAAAUAGAGAUGGUGAACAAGACUUCUCUUGAAGAAGAUGAUAGUGUAAUCGUUACUCCUAAUAAUGACUCGACUAAAAAGCACCUUGCGAGCAGAAAAGUGCUUGACUAUUCAUCCAAGGAUUUAAGUGAUUGAAUGGAGAGUCCAAAACAAUCAAAGCUGAAGUCCGUAUCUGGAACUGUAGGAAAAGUUUCUAAAAAUACCUUAUUUUCAUCUUUACCCCUCGGACUAAGAGACACCUCAUAUUUUGAUAAUAUAGACCAAUGAAGGACUCUUCUAGGUGAAAAGAAGGAAGGAGGUUCUAGAGAUAAAAUUCAAAAUAAAGUUCCACAUCCAGACGAUCCUUCAUUUGAAGACUCGGGUCCUCACCUUGAGACAGAUUAUGACUUUGAGUAAUUAAUUUUCUAUAAGAAUUUGC